AUGACAUGUAUCUCCACCAAAGAUCCCUCCUGUUGCCAACAUGCUGCCGAGUUCUCACCUUGCAAAGAAGCUUGUGACCAGCUCGCCACUAUAAAGAGUGAGUCUCGUCUAAAGCAUCUGCUCCAGAGGUUACCCAGUUACUGUCCGGAGUUGAUGAAUGAACUUUGGACGUGCAUCAACUCUUCACUCCCAGGAGUAUCCAGGAAGUCGGACGGCUGGGUGGGGCUGGGCUGCUGCGAGCUGGCCAUCUCAGCUGAGUGUCGCAGGGAAUGCAGACAGGCAUCAUCUAAAAAUGACAUAACUAAAGUAUGCAAAAAAGUCACAGAGAACUCCCUCUACAGCUGCAUCACCAAAAAUGAAA